AAUAAAAAGAACCGAACACCCUCUAAAUACGUUUGAUCCACCUUUUCAAACUUCAAAUCCCCAAAACCAAAAUUUUUCACCAGCAGUCCCUCACAGCACCAGAAUUCAAAAAUUGACUGCAGAGAUCUUCGAAUUCGAAGCUCCGAAGUUAUCAUCCAGAGUAAUUUUGGAAGCUGGGAUCUGGAAAAGAAUCCAUCUUCGUCGUCUUCCUCCAAUCUCUCUCUCUCUCUCUCUCUCUCUCUCAACAGAAAUACUGUUUGAAUUUUCUUGCAGUGGAGGGGUACAUUGUGUAUCCGUGGUAACCCUUCUGCUUGCAGCCCUUCAAGUGUUGUUUUUCUGGUUUAAUUUCGCCCAUUUACGCUCCGGAUAUUUGUCCCCAUAAACAAGGAAGAGGAAUCUGAGAAACUGGUUCAGUCAUUUCGUCGAACAUGACGUGAGCGGUCGUUAUUUGCUAGGCAUUUGUAGGAAUGUGAAUGUGGCUGACGGGUUUUGUUUGCUUGGGAUCUGCUGCACUUGUCUACAAUUGUUUGCCGCUGAGCUGGAGCUUGUGCUAGGGUUUUGGGCAUUUUGAUUUUCAGUUUCGAAGUUCUGAGAUGGCGACCACCACCAAACGAGCUUAUAAGCUACAGGAAUUUGUAGCACAUUCUGCAAGUGUGAACUGCCUAAAGAUCGGGAGGAAAUCAUCAAGAGUUCUAGUCACUGGAGGAGAAGAUCACAAGGUCAAUCUCUGGGCUAUCGGCAAGCCCAAUGCCAUACUGAGUUUGUCGGGUCAUUCGAGUGGAAUUGAUUCGGUUAGCUUUGAUUCUUCGGAGGUUUUGGUAGCUGCUGGAGCAGCUAGUGGGACCAUUAAGCUUUGGGAUUUAGAGGAGGCUAAGAUCCUUCGCACCCUCACCGGUCACCGAUCAAAUUGCAUAUCGUUGGACUUUCAUCCCUUUGGAGAGUUCUUUGCAUCUGGAUCUCUGGACACAAAUCUAACAAUAUGGGAUAUCCGAAGAAAAGGGUGUAUACACACUUACAAAGGUCAUACUCGAGGUGUUAAUACUAUCAGAUUUACUCCUGAUGGGCGAUGGGUUGUAUCUGGUGGUGAGGACAACACCGUGAAGGUUAGAUAUGUCAUUUCCUUCGACUUCUUGUUUUUACCCUUAAUUUCCGUCCUUUCUAGCCGUGCUUAUGAUGAGGAUACUAUUGCUGACUUGAUGGAACUGCAUGAUCAAUUUGUUGGCUCAAUGUAUUCUCGUUUAAGCAAACUACAGGUAGUCCUCAACUACUGGCAAAGGCAUGAUAUCAAAGGGGCCCUUGGUGCAAUCAACAAAAUGGGCGAUCAUAGUGUGCUUGCUGACGUGAUGUGCCUUUUGGCAGAAAAAACUGAUAUGGUCACGUUAGAUAUUUGUUCUUGUCUUUUGCCACUCCUAUCAGGACUUAUAGAAAGUGAUAUGGAUAGGCAUCAAGAUAUCGCACUGGAUAUGCUGCUAAAACUUGUGCGAGUAUUUGGCUCUGUAAUAUAUUCUUCAUUAUCUGCGCCAUCAUCUGUCGGUGUAGACAUUGAGGCGGAGCAAAGGCUCGAGCGCUGCAAUCUUUGCUAUACGGAACUUGAGAAAGUAAAACGCUCCCUGCCCCACCUUUCCAGAAAAGGAGGCUCGAUUGCCAAGUCUGCACAUGAGCUGAAUUUAGCACUUCAAGAAGUUUCAUGAGUAACAGUAAUAUACAAGAACUAUAUACACUGGAUCAUGACUAUGUCAUAUUGCUUUUAAGGGACUGCAGAUUAUGGAACUACGCGCUUCAAAGUGGUGGCAGAAACUGUGUAAAUUCAUGCUCAAUGGAAAUACUGACCGAUUCUUUAUCUUUAACUUAAAAAGAAAAAAACCUUAGCCGACGGACAACCUGCUUACUUACUGCCAUUCAACAGUUGCUUGGUCGGUGGAUGCGGAUCCGUCUCACUGGUUUUUUACUUAACUCGAAAUAUCGACUUGUUAUUUGUUGAGUGAAGUUGAUGAUUGUGUUUUGAGACAAGAGUCUCAUAGUUUAGUGAGGUUUUGUACAAUCUUGAUUUCGGUCUAAAGUUUUAUGUAGUUCGUUCUAUCUUUUCCGAACAUUGAAAGUGUCGGCAUGUUACGGGAAGAGCUACUACUCUCCAGUAGUUGAAACUUUGAUAGCCUAGGGUGAGUUAAGCCUUUGAUGUAAUGCAAGAGUGUUUGGAGAUGUCAGAAGUUGGCUAUAUUGCCAACAUUUGUUGUACCACCACUUACCACUAAGAAUAUUUUCUUAUCCAUUAUAUACUGCUUUUUGUUGGAU